UUAAAAUAUUUUUACUUGCUGAAACUAUAAUCUCUGAAUCUCUGAUUAUCGUCAUCAGUUCCAGCUCCUUCACGCAUCAAUGGCGGCGAUGAACCUCUCAUCAUCUACUCACACCACCACCACCUCCUCUUCUCUCCGGUUACUAACCACUUCUCGCACUUACACCUCCCCUAAAUCUCUUCCAUGUUUUCACUCAACCCACAUCAAAAACCUUUCCUUCUUCUCAUUCCCUUCUUCAGUUUCGCUCAAACCCAACCACACAAUUAAAGCCCGUCGUCCCCAUCUGUCUCUCGUCGUUUCUGCUCUCGGGAAGCUGUCGGAUACGGAAUCGGUCCCCGUUCCUCCCGAAUCCGACGCUGUUUCCGCCGUAUUCCCCCCGGCUUCCGGUGUUUACGCCGUCUAUGACAAAAACGGUGAUAUGCAGUUUGUGGGAUUGUCCCGUAACAUCCAAUCCAGCAUCCUUUAUCACCAGAAAUCAGUACCAGAGCUCUGUGCCUCCAUCAAGGUUGGAGUGGUGGAUAAUCCCGAUAGAUCAGCACUAACCCAAGCUUGGAAAUCAUGGAUGGAAGAACACAUAGAAGUCGCCGGAAAAGUCCCUCCCGGCAACGAGACCGGAAACACCACAUGGGUCCGGCAAGCACCCAAGAAAAAAGCCGAUCUCCGGAUUACCCCUGGCCGACAUGUUCAACUAACAGUCCCUCUAGAAGAACUAAUCGAUCGUAUGGUGAAAGAAAACAAGGUGGUGGCUUUCAUCAAAGGGUCAAGAACAGCUCCUCAAUGUGGAUUCUCUCAAAGAGUUGUUGGGAUUUUGGAUUCAGAAGGGGUGGAUUACGAGAGUGUGGAUGUGUUGGAUGAUGAACAUAAUGGCGGAUUGAGGGAGACAUUGAAGAGGUAUAGUAAUUGGCCUACUUUUCCUCAAGUGUUUGUGAAUGGUGAAUUGGUAGGAGGGUGUGAUAUAUUGUCCUCUAUGCAUGAAAAUGGCGAGCUUUCUGGUUUGUUUAAGAAGUAGUGUAUCUUAUUAUAUCAUUUUAUUUGAUGAAAUAUAAAGAGAAAAAAUCAUGUACUUGUUCAUUUGAGAAUUGAAAUCAUCAUAUUUC